AUGACUUUACUUAUUCCUGGACCUAAGGGUCCAUGCCAUGACAUUGAUGUAUACAUGAGGCCAUUGAUAGACGAAUUGCGAACAUUGUGGGAAAUUGGUGUUGAAACGUAUGAUAUACAUGCAAAGCAAAAUUUUCAGAUGAGAGCUGCACUUCUUUGGACUAUCAAUGAUUAUCCAGCAUAUGCAUACAUGUCAGGUUGGAGUACGUCUGGUAAAUUGGCAUGCCCAUAUUGUGCAUCUGAUACUUCGCAUCGUCGGUUAUCUCGUGGGUCUAAAACAUGUUAUUUGGGUCAUAGAAGAUUUUUACCGUCUGACCAUGUAUGGCGUAAUCAACGAAGACAAUUUGAUAAUACAAGGGAAAUAAGACUUGCACCCAAGAGACCAUCUGGUGAUGAUGGCACACCUCCCGAGCCAUUAACCGGAGAAGAAGUGUUGCAUAUGGUUGAAGAUGGUGACAGAGUUUGUUGGAAGAAGAAAUCAAUAUUCUUUGAUCUCGAGUAUUGGAAAUACCUUCCUGUGAGGCAUGUCCUAGAUGUUAUGCACAUUGAGAAGAAUGUUUGCGAUAGUAUCAUUGGUACAUUGCUGGAGAUUCCUGGAAAAAAUAAAGAUGAGAUUGCUGCUCGAUUAGAUUUAUUGAACAUGGGGGUCAAAACUGAUUUGCAACCCGAGUAUGGAGAAAGACGUACUCGUUUGCCUCUUGGGCCUUGGAAUUUGUCAAGAGUAGAGAAGAGAGAGGUUUGCAAUUCUUUCUAUGGUAUGAAGGUCCCUGAAGGUUAUUCUUCAAAUAUAAAAAAUCUUGUAUCUUUACAAGAUUCAAGACUUCUUGGCCUUAAAUCACAUGAUUGUCAUACCUUAAUGCAACAAUUGCUCCCUGUGGCAAUUCGUUCUGUUUUGGAGAAGCCUGCAAGGUAUGCAAUAACUCGUUUGUGCUUCUUCUUCAAUGCUAUAUGUGCAAAGACUGUUGAUGUUUCCAAGCUAGAUAAGUUGGAAGAAGAUGUAGUAGUUACUUUGUGUUUGCUUGAGAAGUACUUUCCCCCUUCAUUCUUUGAUAUCAUGGUUCAUCUAGUAGUACAUCUUGUCAGAGAAGUUCGUCUAUGUGGGCCAGUAUAUUUUAGAUGGAUGUAUCCGUUUGAAAGAUAUAUGAAAGUGCUAAAGGGGUAUGUUCAGAAUCGUACUCGUCCCGAAGGUUGCAUUGCUGAGCGGUAUAUAGCUGAAGAAGCUGUAGAGUUUUGUACUGAGCAUUUAUCUGAUGUUAGUACAGUUGGAGUGCCUUCAAGCCAAAAGAUGGGAGUUUCAAAGCCAUUAUCAGGUUGCACAGUGAGCGUAGUUGAUCGAGACCUGUUGAACCAAACACAUCUAUAUGUCUUGGAGAAUACGGAGGAAGUCCUACCUUAUAUCGAGCAACAUAUGAUCCACAUCAAGACCGCUUAUCCAAAAUUUAGAAAGAGAACAAAGUGGCUGCAGGAUAAGCACAAUAGCACUUUCAUUCAAUGGCUACGCUUCAAGGUUCAAAGUGAACUUAAUAAGGAAGACAAUCAUGGCGUAUCAGAAAAUUUAAGGUGGCUAGCAGCUGGUCCAAACAUGGCAGUGCCAUUAUAUAGGAGCUAUCUUAUUAAAGGUAUUAAAUUCAACAUCAAGGCACAAGAUGAUGUGCAGACAACUCAAAAUAGUGGAGUUUAUUUACUUGCACAUACUAUGCAAGUUGCUAGUGCCAAUGAUAAAAACCCAAUUCUCUCAAAUAUGGGUUUCUAUGGUGUCAUUCAAGAAAUUUGGGACCUUGACUACCAAAAGUUUACAAUCCCAGUCUUUAGGUGUGAUUGGAUAGAUAGUACUUCUGGUCUUGUAGUGGACGAACUUGGAUUUACCCUUGUAGAUUUGAGUAAAAUUGGACAUAUGAAUGACCAAUUUGUUUUGGCUUCUCAAGUCAAACAAGUAUUUUUUGUUGACGACCCGAUGCAUCGUGGUUGGUCGGUAGUGUUAUCAAUGUCUAAUAGAGAAUAUAAUGAUGUUAUUGGUGAUGAUGUCUUAGGUGAUGUGAGAAUUGAAUGUGAGCCAUUUACUAGAGGGAUGCCAAAUGUUGACACAUUUGAUGAAGUGGUGGUGAGUUAG